AUGGUUCAUAUUCGUGCGGAAGGAGGCAAGGGCGUGUUCAGUCAGUGCACCAUUAUCUCUUCAGCGCUUGCUGAGCUCAAUAUCGCCCAUACAUCAGGCGCCCUUGUGAACAGUUCUACGCUCGAGGAUGUCCAGGACGCUGAAGAAGUGUUGCUGACGUCGGUGUACGCAGUGAGAGGUACCACUGCCAAGCUACCAUGUGAUGUGAGCGCCCCACCCGACGACAUUGUGGUACUCGUGCUGUGGUAUCGCAAUGGCACCAAGACUCCGAUCUUCAGCGUGGACAGGCGUGUGGUGUCGACGCCUCCUGGAAUAACUUGGGCUGCUCCGAAUAUUCUAAAUCGGAUAUCCUGGGUCGAAAGUGGCACCAAACGAGGUAGUCGGCGAAUUCUUUCGACAGCGUUGCAGAAAAAUUCGCCUCUUCCGAGGAACAAGCUCGAAGAAAUUCGCUGGAACGAUCAACGUCCACAGACGCAAAAUGAAAAUGAUCCACAGAAUGGAAAGGCUGACCCGGCCCACGGGUCUGGAACGCCUGAUGACUCGGAUCAAAAUGCCGCCUUCGAGACGCCUCAAAUGGAGCUUGAAGGAAGUGAAGCUGCCGAGAAGAUGAAGAGGCACGGUGACAUUCAGCAUGCUGAUCUCGACUACCAACAGGAUAAUCCCAUCACGAGAGGAGAUCAGGAGGUUCCGCACCUUCCCCACACUCGGAAUCAAAACAUUCCUUUGACAUACAGCCACUUAAAAACCGAAUCUAAUGCGCAAUUGAGUUCGUACAACACUCAGAUGAACGUACAACAAACUGACGCAAACGUCCAAUCUAACAUACAACACAGGGCGGAUGAAACAUUCGUGAACCCUCAGUCAAGUUUGCACAAAGUUCCAUCACUGCCCACGCUAAGUAAUGCCAGCUACGCACCGUCCACGGCUUACCAACGAAAGCUUUUAAAAAGUGACAAGAGGCGACGCAUCGUCAAGACAGGCGAGCUUCACCUGCACAGAGUGCAGCUCUCUGACUCUGCGCUGUACAGAUGCCGUGUCGACAUGAAGGCCAGCCCGACGAGGAAUGCUCAAGUUAUGCUGCAUGUCAUCGACCCGCCUAAAGGGGUGACUCUGACAACGGGGGGCGUGAGUGUCGGCAGCGUCAUAACGCGACAACGUGACCGCGACCUGACCAUUACCUGCACCGUUACUGGAGGAGUUCCAGCACCAACGCUGCACUGGGAGGACGAGAACGGAUCUAUCCUGGAAUCACAAACCGAAGUGAGCUCGGCCAACUCACACCCAGCGCCUCUGGAUCGCUCCGUAAGGAUCCGGAGAUCUGACGUCGACUUGGAAACUGUGAUUGAUGGUGCCUCUGUGCUGCCAAUACGCAGCCUGGGCGUUUCUGGAAAACUUGCCCGUAGAACUUCCGAUGUUAGUGGCAGUGAAUUUGCAAAAGAUGCUAAGGCCUCCUCACGAGAAAAUUUUGAAGCCUCUUUGGUUACGAGCCAACUUACGCCUGCAGGGGAUGGUCCUCAGGAAGCGCUCUCCAAAGAGUUGACCGAUAAGGAAAAUACCCUUCAAAGUCGGAAAUCUUCAUUCAUAAAACGCAAGAAUAGUUCGCUUGACCAAAAUUUUGACUUAAAUAGUAAAAACGAAGGUCACGUUCAGCAAUACUUAGGUAAAGAAUUAGUUCCGGGUACAAGUUUUGAGACUGAAUCAAUGGAAACGAAUGACUUUUUGGAAAAUCUGGGUUCAAAUGCCGAAGAGAGCGAAAUUCUGGACGACUCUCUCGGAAGUUUGAGUCCUGAAAGCGAGUUCAGUGAAUUUUCUACACCAUUGAAAAUCAAUAGACUAAGCAGACCUGAACGUGGAGAAUUUGAAAUCGGUAAUGGUGUUAUAUUCAGGGACAAUCCCGUAGGUGCAAAUUCUGUUGACCAUCACAGAUGCAAAAAAAUCUCAACUGCCAAUAUUGACUUCCCGCAAGAGGAAUCACUGUCUUCAAUUGACCUGUUUGAGUCCGUAUCUUCUUCCUUCGAGGAUCCUGCUGCUAUAACCUCUAAAUCGAGCGCAAAGCUUAGCUUGAAUUACGACGUAAACUCCAUUCGUCACAAACGAAGCCCCUUGAGCAAACUGAAUCCAAUUCGAAAUGGCUUUCGGCAGAGCAACUGGAACAACUUAGAAGACACCGAUCCUAAAUACGGGCGUAAGAAAUCUCCAGAAACGAUCGUAAGCAGCACUCUGGUAUUGAAGAGAGGAUCCCAAGCCACUAAACUCAAAUGCUCAGCUCUGAACAGUCCUAUUUUGGAACCCAUAACUGCUGUCGUGGACUUGGAAAACAUGAGCUCAGAUGAUGGACUAAAGGUGCGUAUGGGGCCGUUGCCACAGCCCAUCAUCGGUGGCAUGACAAAUCCUGCGCGGCAUUACUACGGCGGUCAGUUAAGUUAUUGUGUAGGCAGGCAGACCCAGCAGCAGGCAUCAGAGAGCUUGUCGACGCUGUCGUUCACAGUUAACGCAGGCGACCACAGCCACGUGCUGGAGUGUCAAGCUGUAGCUCCUUCCCUGCCACACCUCGUCGCCACCGAUGGCAUCAAGCUCACCGUCAACUACGUGCCUGUGUCGGUGUUGGUGCUGAAGGGAGGUGGCCAGAGCCAUCACGCUCAGGGCAGCACAGCGCAGCUGCUUUGUACAGCCACUGCUAACCCUCCUCACUAUACGCUCACAUUCCUCAAAAAUAAAUUCGCUCCAGUUUGUGCAAAGGCCGCCCCAACUGAAGUGAUUGUGAGGGCUGGAGAGGAGGUCUCGCUCGAGUGCGCUAUGAAAUCAUCCCCACAGUCCAACAUUACGUUCAGUUGGUGGGCGGAGAACAAGGAUUCUGCAGGCCAGGUCGUGCGCAAGAAAGUGAGCCACAUAGACGAAGGAACAAUUUCCAAAGGCUAUUACACGGUUUCUGAACCCAGCAACAAAGCAGCAUCACCGAGUAAAAACUCCCGGACUGUUCGAAGCGUUAACAAGAACGCUUUGGUUUUACCUCCAAGAAAAUAUCGGAUUGGCAGGAGCUUCCAAUUGACUCAACUAAAGAGUCUACUCGUAAAAAUAUGUCAUCAGAGCCAGAAAUCAGUUGACUACAAGAACGAUUCUUUUAAGUUUAACGUUGGCGAGCUGAAUGGAGAUUCAGCAAUUGAGCGAACACAUUUAAUUGAAGGUUUUGGUGAAGAGGAUGGUCAUGGAAGAAUGUUUUUUUGGAACGCUUCGCAAACUACGAACUUCAAUUUAAAGCGCUUUAUAGAUCAAAUCUGCGACUGUAUUGUUUCCACCAAUGGAUCGAGUAGUGUUAGUUUUGCGAAUCCACUCAAAAAACUUCACCAACUCUGCCUUUUACGUAAAUUCACAAGAAAUUCUAUAAAAAAUGAAAUUUUGGAUUCGCACCCCACCAAUUUCAAUCACCUUCAGCAGAAUAAAGAGAAUUUUCGAGGUACACAUAUUAGUCUUUUCGCAGAUAGAGACGAUUAUUUUCAUCGAAGUAGAACCCGCAAAGUGAACAAAAGAGAGACUACUACUGCAAUAGGCAACGUCGUGCCAAGUAUCGGAAAAAUUGAGAAGAAUACUCCCUCUUCAGCCGGCCGCAGGGUGGAUGACAGAGUCGAGUGUUGGGCUUCUAACGAAGUGGGCUCUGCUGAAAAACCUUGCGUGUUUUUCUUCAAAAUUGUGGAACCUCCAGGAGCUCUGACUGGCUGCACUCCGAGUGACGUCACAACUACGACCGCUGAGAUCGCUUGUCUCGCUAUCACCGACGACGACGGUCUUAACAUUACCUACGCCAUCAAGGUGAAGAAAUCGUCAUCUCAUGAGGUCGUAUUCACCUCGUCAAGUUUGGAACCGAAGUUCUCGGUGUCUCAUCUGGAGCCGAGCGUCAGCUACUUGUUUGAAGUUCAUGCUCGUCAUUCUUUUGGGGUGGGACCCAUUAGCGCUUUCCUGGUGUCCACAAGAAGCCUUCUUGAGCAGCGGAUAAGCAGCGAGAUCGAGACUGUCAGAGCCAGCGUUGACAAGGGCAGCAGCUUCUCACUGGCGGAUCAGACGCCUCGGUUGGGCAACAACUUUGUUAUUAUUGUCGUUGGCUUCGCCAGUGCAGCAGCAGUAGCCGUGCUACUGGUAACGGCGGCAAGUCUUGCCGUGUGUCGAUGGAGGCAAAAAUCUCGCCGGAAAAGUGGCGAGAAGCAAGCGAGGGAAGGAGAAUGUCCUGAGACAGACGGUCUCGAGGCGGAGGGAUCCAGUGAAAGUCUUGUGGAUUUGCGCAACAACAGCGAAACUUGCGCCGCGGCUUCUGGUGGAGAUGCUGUGACCGCGUUCACUCCCACACGCCUCACGUCCGGCAAUCUGCAAGCAUCUGCGGAAUCGCCUCUUCAUCAACCACAAAAUUGCGCAGCGACCGCAGCUCAAGUCUCAGGGCCGUCGCGAGGGAAGGUUCAGUGCACGAAAGGGAAUUCGGCGGCAGGCUUAGCAGAUCAAGAUGAGUACGAAGUACAACCUCCGCCUCUACCUCCACGAGCUCCGCUUCCUCUACCCGUACAAACUCAAAUUUUUGCUCCUCAAUCGUUCCUGUGUCUACGACCAUCAGCCGAAAACCAAAGCGUCUCAAGUGACUUGCCCCGUGAGAGCAUCGUUGGUGUUAUUGGCCCUAACACGACCAGCGUCGCGAAAUGUAUCUCGAACUCCAAUGUUACCGCUUUUGGUGCCUUAAAUGAAUUUGCUCGCGAUUGCGUCACUACCACAAUUCCAGGAAAUGGUCUCGGCACUAUUAUGGGCAGUGAAAUGAUGCUCCAAAAUAUUCCUAACUCGAAUUCAUAUCAGUACCCAAUUCAGAUUCCAAUUCACGCUGGGUUGUUGCAGCAUCAAUCUUUGAUUCAAAAGCAAUCCCAAGAAGCUUCAAGUGCUGCUGAUGCUUCUAAAUUUUCACCCGCAAAUCUAGUUAGUCAAAAUUUAUUACUACAAGGUACGAUUUGUGGUACCAACGUUGAUAUGAGUCAAUCGAGUCCUUCGAUGACUACCGAACAACAACCAACUAGCAUUUCUUCAGUAAAAAUAUUUACUACCAAAAGCGGUCCAAAUAAUCAACAUCCUCAUCAGACCUUGAUGAACCCCAUGUUUCCCAGUGAGCUCCCAUCUCUUGCCCACAACCCCUUAUACCAAGGCCAGCCGGCCGUCCAUGUUUCCAUGGCUCUGCCGAGUAACUCGAGUCCUUUCAUCCAAGGCUCUUGCUACAAUGCUGCGAGUAACGCAAAUUCUCUUCUAGUUUCGGAUUCGAGUCGACAAACCACGGCUCCUCAGAUUGGGCCUAGCUUUGCUAUGCCACCAACUCUCAUCAAUCCACAUUUGAGAUUUGCUGGGCCUCAAAAUCCUUUUCCCCAACAUUCAGGUUCUAUUGUAAUGCAACCUUUAACUUCUAGACCAUGUUUACCAUCGACCGUUGUUUUUAACAACAACGAUCAAUUUGAUCAGGGUAAAAUAAUUUUCAAUAAAAGUCAAACACAGCAACAAACACUCGGCUAUGUUAACCCUGUUUAUUCAAUGAAUUCGAGUACAGCCAUCCCGAAUAUAUCCGCCAAUGUGGCUUCGAACACGUUGCUUAACAGUUCCUCAUCAUCCUCCGAACAAUUAGUAGCUAACCACGCUUAUAAUUACAUACCUUCGCUAAUUAAUUUAAACGGGUCGUCAGUAAUAUCAACAUACUCCACCAAGAACUUCCCCUUUGAUGCCCACACGAGUAGCUUGUCUCGUCGGCCUCCGAAUAACAAGCAGCAGGUUUAUGGCAACGCGUCAUUGAGUCGUUCAAAGCUGAAUGGUAGUUGUGUUAAUAUUCCCCUCGAGGCAGGCGGUAAUUUAGAAUCUGCUCUGAACAGAAGCGUGCCUGACCUCAGUGUUUGUGAAGUUAAUGGAUCGUCAAACCCUAAUAUUCUUCCUCGGAAAAUCAGCGACACUGAAAGCCAAAAAGUUCAGCCGCAAGUGUCUAACUUGUCAAAAGUUUCUGAUUUAGAAGAGAACAGAAACAACAAAGUCUCAGUUGCUGCAGCCAGCGCGCCAAAGCUCCAACCCAAAUCCAAAAUUGCUCAACACAAGCAGCAAAUGAUCCAGAGGAAGCACGUUCACGAAAACCAGCAAAAUUUACAUUUACAGCAUCAACAACAGAAAGCAGAGGAAGUUCGCCAAAUCCACCAACUGACUUCUGAUCCCGGACUUUUCCAGUUUCACAUGAGGAACAUGCAUGAAGUUAGGAAAGCUAAUACGGACAGCGCCGACCAAAAUCUAACUCUAGUCGGCCAACAGAUUCCAGAAGAAUAUCAGCUUCUGCAACUCGAUAGAGGAGGCUUGGCUUUAGUAAAUGUUCAUCCAGUUCAUACAUACGCGAACGUUCAGCUGACCAAUAUCAUGACGACGCCUAAUGUUAUUAUGCAGGCGUCGGGAUCUCUUCAAGGCUCAUCGUUGAGCAGAAGAGAACAUAACACCUCUAGUCAAGCUUCUGAUAACGCGUAAUGAGGCAGCAAGUAAUUUGAUUAAAUCGAUGAAGCUAUAUUUAUUUUACGCCCUUAAUGCAAUAAUAAAUUCUACAAUAGCUUUC